CACAACAUCUCUUGAAAACAAUAUGGCUUCUCGUGUCUUCAGCACCGCAAUCCGCACCGCCGCUCGCGCCAUCGCUCGCCCCGCAAUCCGCCCUGCUUCUAUCUUGGCUGCCAACGUCAAGACCACUGCCUUCAAGUCCGUUGUGGCUUCCCAGGCUCGUGGCUUCAAGACCCUUAACUUCGGUGGCUCUGAGGAGACCGUCUAUGAGCGUUCCGAUGUUCCCAAGGAGAAGUUGCUCGACACCUUCAAGAACGACACCAUUGCCGUCCUCGGUUACGGUCCUCAGGGUCGUGGCCAGGCUCUUAACUUGCGCGACAACGGUGUCAAUGUUAUCAUUGGCCAGCGUGAGGGUAAGACCUACGAUCAGGCUAUUGAGGAAGGAUGGGUUCCCGGAAAGAACCUGUUCCCCGUUCUGGAUGCCGUUGAGAAGGGUACCGUCGUUAUGAACUUGUUGUCCGAUGCUUUCCAGAAGGAGUUCUGGCCCAAGAUGUUGCCUCUCUUGACUCCCGGAAAGACCCUCUACUUCUCUCACGGUUUCUCCGUUGUCUACAAGGACCAGACCGAGAUUGUCCCUCCCAAGGACAUUGAUGUCAUCCUUGUUGCCCCCAAGGGUUCCGGCUUCACCGUCCGUCGUCUCUUCCAGGAGGGUCGUGGUAUCAACUCUUCCUUCGCUGUCCACCAGGAUGCCUCCGGUCACGCCAAGGAGCGCACCAUUGCUCUCGGUAUCGGAAUUGGCUCUGGUUACAUGUACGAGACCACCUUUGAGAAGGAAGUCUACUCUGACUUGUUCGGUGAGCGUGGUGUCCUCAUGGGUGCCAUCCAGGGUCUCUUCCAGGCCCAGUACGAGGUUCUUAGAGCCAACGGCCACUCUCCCUCUGAGGCUUUCAACGAGACCGUUGAGGAGGCUACCCAGUCUCUCUACCCCUUGAUCGGUGAGCGCGGUAUGGACUGGAUGUACUCCAACUGCUCUACCACUGCCCAGCGUGGUGCCCUCGACUGGUGGAAGCCCUUCCACGAUGCCUCCAAGCCUGUCUUUGAGCAGCUUUACGAGAGCGUCAAGAAUGGUUCCGAGACCGCUCGCUCCCUCGACCGCAACUCCCAGCCCGAUUACCGUGAGAAGCUCGAGGAGGAGCUCAAGGAGAUUGCUGACAGCGAGAUCUGGGUUACCGGCAAGACCGUCAGACAGUUGAGACCCGAGAACGUUGGCAAGAACUAAAGGAGCUCGAAGGAUAAAGAAUAACUCUCUUAUAGAGUUCUCUUUAUUUUUUAUUUUUUUUUAAAAAAAAAACCCCAAAAACACAUUCUUCUAAUCUCAUUACAAAACAAAAAAAAAGUCAUCUUAUAGAGGAAAGAUUUGAAUGUGUUCAAUUUUUCUCUUCCUCCUUCAUAUCUAUCUCUUUCGCUAUAUCUUCUUUUUACCUCUAUCUAUCUCUUUACUUUCUUUAUAUAUAUAUAAGACCUUCACAUAUAUACACGCAAAAAUUUAUAUAUAUAUAUAAAUAUUUAUUCCAAAUAAAAAUAAAUAAAUAUCAUAUCAAGCAAACCAAAGCAACCCAAGAAUAAAGUAAUAUUCAGAUCAAAAUGU